AUGCUGAGCGGUUAUAUUUUACGGGAAGUUGAGAUUGUACUGCAGGAAACCACUGGAUUGCAGAACGCUGUGAAAAAGUCGGCGGCGAUUGGAGCCGUGGCGCAAUUGGCGUAUUUUCUGCGGGAGAAUAGUGACGAGGGACGUGCGGCUGUGGUGAAUCUGAUGGGGUUGUUGGUGUCGAAUCGAGAUUUUGUAGCUGGUUUGUGGGAGUAUACCGUGGGGCUGAGGGCGAAGGUGGCGUUCGGUACACCGAAAACACUGAUUUCGGUGCUGGAGAAGGGUGACUGUAUAAUGGGUUCGGAGCAGCCGACGUUGGUCGCACCGCUAUCGCUUUUUAUAGCGUUGUUAUCAAAUAUACUGCAGACGAUUGAUGACGAUGAUUUAUUGGGCGGGGGCGUGACAUUUGGUAGUGAUUACGGUAAUCAGCCGGUAUUUCCGUUCGAUCUGAAGCAGAUAGCGUCGAUUGCGACGCAUUUUAGGUGA